GUAGACCUGUAGGCCUGCAAUAAGUUAAACAGGCAUCACAUUCAUUCAUACCUACUAGGCUACAUUUACUUUGCAUGUCCCCUCCUUCACCGCAGAGGGUGCUCUGAGUUAUAAUUCAAGUAGGCUGCUGUCAUUUACUGAAGAAGAAGAGAUCUUCCCAGCUGUGUUUUCAAAAACAGAAUUGACCCUCCAUGAGAAGCCAUGAGCGUCCCAGACUACAUGCAGUGCGCUGAGGACCACCAGACGGUGCUGGUGGUGGUGCAGCCGGUGGGCAUCGUGCCCGAGGAGCAGUUCUUCCGCAUCUACAAGCGCAUCGCCAGUGUGAGCCAGGUGAGCGUGCGCGACUCGCAGCGCCAGCUCUACAUCCGCUACCGCCACCACUACCCGCCCGAGAACAACGAGUGGGGAGACUUCCAGACGCACCGCAAGGUGGUGGGCCUCGUGUCCGUCACCACCUGCGCCACGCCCAAGGAGUGGCCACAGACGUCUGACCGCUUCCACUGUCAGAAGGAGGUGUACGGCGCCACGCUGUACGACUCGCGCCUGCUGGUGUUCGGCCUUCAGGGUGAGAUCGCAGAGCAGCAGCGCACCGAUGUGGCUUUCUACCCCAGCUACGACGACUGCCCAGAUGUGGAACGCCGGGUGGAGGACUUUGUUGAGUCCAUCUUUAUCGUGCUCGAGUCCAAGCGGCUGGACCGCGCCACGGACAAGUCUGGAGACAAGAUUCCACUCCUUUGUGUGCCAUUUGAGAAGAAGGACUUUGUGGGUUUGGACACAGACAGCAGGCACUAUAAGAAGCGCUGCCAGGGGCGCAUGAGGAAGCACGUGGGGGACCUGUGUUUGCAGGCGGGCAUGUUGCAGGACGCCCUGGUGCACUACCACAUGGCUGUGGAGCUGUUGCGCUCUGUCAAUGACUUCCUGUGGCUGGGAGCGGCGUUAGAGGGCCUGUGCUCUGCAUCAGUCAUAUUCCACUACCCUGGAGGCACCGCUGGGAAAACAGCGGGCCGGAAGCCCAGUGUCUCCCAGGCAGCAGACUCUGGAAAGAGGCACAGACCAGGGGCACAGGAGGUUCUCAUUGACCCAGGGGCACUCACCACCAAUGGCAUCAAUGCGGACACCAGCACAGAGAUUGGGCGGGCCAAGAACUGCCUCAGUCCAGAGGACAUCAUUGAGAAGUACAAAGAAGCUAUCUCCUACUAUGGAAAGUAUAAGAAUGCUGGUGUGAUUGAGCUGGAGGCGUGUGUGAAGGCUGUCCGCGUCCUGGCGAUCCAGAAGAGGGCCAUGGAGGCUUCAGAGUUCCUCCAGAAUGCUGUCUACAUCAACCUGGGCCAGCUGUCAGAGGAAGAGAAGAUCCAGCGCUACAGUGUCCUCUCUGAGCUUUACGAGCUCAUUGGCUUCCACCGCAAGUCGGCCUUCUUCAAGCGAGUGGCCGCCAUGCAGUGUGUGGCCCCCACCAUCCCUGAGCCAGGCUGGAGGGCCUGCUACAAGCUGCUGCUGGAGACUCUGCCUGGCUACAGCCUCUCCCUCGACCCAAAGGACUUCAGCAAAGGUACCCAUCGGGGAUGGGCAGCGGUACAGAUGCGUCUCCUCCAUGAGCUGGUGUACGCCUCCCGUCGCAUGGGCAACCCAGGCCUGUCCGUCAGACACCUGUCCUUCCUGCUGCAGACCAUGCUGGACUUCCUGUCUGAUCAAGAAAAGAAAGAAGUGACCCAGAGUCUGGAGAACUACACCUCUAAGUGCCCAGGUGGGAUGGAGGUGAUCACUCUGCCUGAUGGCAUGAAGCUGCCCCCGGUGCCCUUCACCAAGCUGCCCAUCGUCAGGUCUGUGAAGCUGCUGAACUUGCCGGUCAGCCUGCGGCCCCACAAAGUGAAGGCCCUAUUGGGCCAAAGCCUGUCCAGCAAGAGCCCCUUCAUCUACUCACCCAUCGCCAUGCACAACCGCGGAGACGAGCGUAACAAGAAGAUCGAGUUCCAGUGGGUGCGCGGGGACGUCUGCGAGGUGCAGCUGAUGGUGUAUAACCCCAUGCCCUUCGAAUUGCGUGUGGAGAACAUGGGGCUCCUGACCUCCGGGGUGGAGUUUGAGUCUCUACCGGCGGCCCUCUCCCUGCCCGCCGAGUCAGGCCUCUACCCCGUCACCCUGGUGGGAGUGCCACGCACCGCCGGCAACAUCACCAUCAGCGGCUACCACACAUCUGUGUUUGGUGUGAGCAGUGACUGUCUGCUGGAGGGGCUGUCAAUGGUGAAGGCAGGUGGCUGCAUGGUGGAGGUGGUGCCGUCUCUCCCCCGCCUGCAACUCAGCACCUCCCUACCACGGUCAGCACAUCCCACGUCAGAGGACUUAUCGAGCAGUGUGUCUCUCCAACUGUUUAACGGGGAGUGCCAGCAGCUCACCAUCACACUGGAGAACAUCGGCACUGAGAACCUGGAGACACUGGAGCUUGCUUCCAAGACCCUGACCAUCAAAGAGAAGCUGUUUGGGGAGUUCCUGAGCUGGGACCUGCAGGAGGCGCUCUCCCACCUGCCCUUGAAGCCUGGCCAGUCCCUCACCAUCCCCGUCUGCAUCAAGGUCAAGCUGGACUUCUCCGGACAGGAAAACCUGCUGCAGGAUCUCAACGAUGAUGGCAUCAGUGUGACCGGUCUGCCCAUCUCCAGCCCACUCCGGCAGGUCUUGAAACCACGUGCCGAGUCCAAAGCCGUCAGCAGUGAGCCUGGGAAGGCCGAGUACAACCAUGUCAAGACUCUCGAGGCCGUGCUGAGUUUUAAGUACUCCGGAGGAGCAGGCCACUUGGAGGGCUACUACCGCGAGCUGUGCAUGGGGGUGCACGUGGACGUGGAGCCGUCGGUCUUCUUCACGCGGGUCAGCACUCUCCCCGCCACCAGUACACGUCAAUGCCACCUGCUCUUGGAUGUGUUCAACUCAACGGAGCACGAGCUCACAGUCAGCUCCAAGAACAACCAGGACCUGCUGCUGCAUACAAGCGAGUGCCAGAGGAUGGCUAUCCAGGUGGAUAAGUUUGCCUUUGAGAGCGUGCUGGCCCCGCAGGCUGAGGGGGAGGGUGCUGGCGGUGUCCCUGAGCGCUUCAGCAGCCCCAAGCAGCAGGAGGAGCAGCGGCUGCUGGCCCAGAGCAGCCUCAUCAACAGCACCCUCAACAUCCGCUGGACUAUCCCGUCUCUGCAGCGCCAGGGUGAAGCGAGCGUGGAGGGCGUGCUCAACCAGCUGGUGCUCGACCAUCUGCAGCUGGCACCACUACAAUGGGAUGUGCUGGUGAGCGGGAAGGCGUGUGACUGUGAUGCCGUGGCCGAGUGCCGUGUGGGCGAGCCGGUGGCGCUGGAGGUGCGGCUGACCAAUCGGAGCCGGGCGGCGGUGGGGCCCUUCGCCCUGAGCGUGGUGCCCUUCCAGGACUACCAGAACAGCGUGCACAGCUACGAGCUCAGCGACGCGGUCACCUUCAUCGGCUCCAACACCUUCCACAUCAACACGGUGGAUCCAUCCGAGGGGUCAGUGUGCCGCGGGGCGCUGCUCUUCCUCUACACGGGAGACUUCUACCUGAACAUCAAGUUCCAGGAUGACCGCUUGGGCUCGGGCCCUGGCCGAGAGCUGCCCGCCGCCUGGUUCUGCCUGCCCAGCGUGCACAUCCGCACCCUGGAGUCCCCCAUCGAGAACGGCGCCUGAAUGGGACCGAGAGAGGGAGAGCCUGCUGGGGAGAGCCACUGGAGGAAGAGAGAGAGAGAGAGAGAGAAAGAGAAAUGAAGGAUGUAUGAGGAUUUGUUGUAAAGGGCAAAUCUGCAUUUAUAGAUUUAUGUAGUGUUACGUAGCAUACAUAUUUACAUGCUACGUGUAACUACAUGUUUGCAUACAUACAGACACACACACACACACACACACACACACACAUACAAACACACACAUACAUAGACAGACAAGUUAUGCAUAAUAGGCACUGGAUUUUGAUGGUGUGGGAGGUGGCUGUCUCAUAAUGA